GUUCCGCCUCUCUCCGAAUUCCACCGCAGGACUCUCUCCCCAUUGGUCCAGCGGGUCGGAGUGCAGAGAACAACAAACAAGUUAGGGUGAAGACCGUCGGGAUGGAUGCAGCUACCUUGACAUACGACACACUUCGCUUUGGAGAGUUUGAAGAUUUUCCCGAGACCUCCGAGCCUGUGUGGAUCUUGGGGAAAGAAUACAAUGCACUCACAGAGAAAGAUGAGAUUUUAUCAGAUGUCACUUCACGGCUGUGGUUCACAUACAGAAAAAACUUCCCACCAAUUGGUGGGACAGGACCGACAUCGGAUACAGGAUGGGGAUGUAUGUUACGGUGCGGACAGAUGAUCCUUGGCGAGGCCUUGGCGUGUAGACAUUUAGGCAGAGACUGGAGAUGGGCCAGAGGCCAGAAACAAAGAGAAGAGUAUGUCAGCAUUCUAAACGCCUUUAUUGACAAAAAAGACAGCUAUUAUUCCAUCCAUCAAAUUGCCCAAAUGGGAGUUGGAGAGGGAAAGCCUAUAGGCCAGUGGUAUGGACCAAACACAGUUGCCCAGGUUCUAAAGAAGCUGGCUGUGUUUGACACGUGGAGCAGAUUAGUUGUACACGUGGCGAUGGACAACACUGUGGUCAUCGAGGAAAUCAAGCGUCUCUGUAUGCCCUGGCUGGACAUUGAAGGAGCCUGUGCUGAGCCAGAGGGAAUGGGGGGGCUCAAUGGCUGCCUGGAGGGUGCGUGUGCCCUGGCUGAGGAGGAGACAGCUCUCUGGAAACCUCUGGUCCUGCUCAUCCCCCUCAGGCUGGGCCUGAGUGAUAUAAAUGAGGCCUACAUCGAAACACUUAAGCAAUGCUUCAUGCUGCCUCAGUCCCUGGGUGUUAUUGGGGGGAAACCCAACAGUGCCCAUUACUUCAUUGGUUAUGUCGGAGAGGAACUCAUCUAUUUAGACCCGCACACCACUCAGCCUGCAGUGGAGCCAUGUGAAGACGGCCAGGUCCCUGAUGAGACGUACCACUGUCAGCACCCACCCUGUCGCAUGCACAUCUGUGAACUAGACCCAUCCAUCGCAGCGGGUUUCUUCUGCAGAACAGAGGACGAGUUUGAUGACUGGUGUAUGCGCAUAAGAAGGCUGUCCUGCAACAGAGGGGGCCUGCCCAUGUUUGAACUAGUAGACAGUCAGCCCUCUCACAUGGUCAGCGUGGAUGCCCUUAACCUUACCCCUGACCCUCACUUCAUAGAUUUCUCGGACUCAGACAGGUUGGAGCGGUUCUUUGAUUCAGAAGAUGAAGAGUUUGAGAUCCUUUCCCUGUGAGGAACAUAUGAACAAUGAUUUACUGUUCGACGGUUGGUGAGAGAUUCUCUCUUCUCUGUAUCAGAAGGGACGCCUGAGGGGAUGAACAUUAACCGGAGACCUCUUAAGCCAGUCCAGCACAAAUGGUGUAGUCAGUGUGUGCGACACAGCGUUCUCAACAGCCACUGAAUGCUCUCUGUAUCCAACAUUGAGACUGCCUGGUGGAAGCCGUAGCAGGAGCUCAGGAUAAAUUCUGUAUGCACAUCUUCACAUGUUUCCAUUUUGAGUCUUAACACUUUAAUUGUUCAUUCUGAAGUGAUAUGGUGCCUUUCCCUGACUCCAUAAGUAAAAUUGCCAUAAGUUUUAUGUUGUAUAGAAACAAUGGUUCAUGAUGCCCAUAGCUUAUGCGGUGUGUCACUAAUAACUGAAGUCUAAUGAAACCAAAUUCAAGUCAAAUCUUCAGACAAGUUCUAUUAACUCUCCAUGCAAAGUAUCCUUGCCGAGUCUAAAACAUAUACACUAGUUCCUUUGAAGAUUAUUUAUUUAAUCGACACAGUAUAUAGAAAGCUGAAAGGACAAUAGACAUGUAAAAGGACUAAAACCUUAAAUAAAAUCAGAAUCUGA